AUGUCGUCGGCCGCGAUCGUCCGGCCGGAGGGAGACUCGUGCAUUUCACCAGUCGACGGCCGCGAAUACACCACUGCACUCUCUUCCUCCUUCUUGCGCCUACAUCACAUGAUGCUUUGCCCAAUAACUCAGGUUUCGGUCGCUUUUGGAGUUUCAGAACCAAGUCCAAAGACAUCCCCCUGCGAUUAGAAGAUUUUCAGUCGAUUUUUACAAAAAAACAAACUUUUUUCAAAAGUUCUUAGGAUUGUCUUUAUGCAUCUCCUAAUAAGACUUAAAUUUUUCUAUCCUGUUUUGAUGUCCUGUUUGAAAAGGGAAUAGACUGUUCUGACGUUUAACUAUCUCAGAGCUAGUCAUUUUUUUUUCUAUCAAGUUCCUGAAAGCUCUAAAACAUGGGUUCAAUAGUUGAUGAUGUCUCGAUAGUGAUUUUAUUGCGCUCGACUGAUUCCGGGUUCGAGUUCAAUCACUUAUAGGAAUGUCAGAACGGCGGCGAUACAGUCCUAUCACUGAUAUCGGCCAAUUCUUGCCGUUCACUUCCCCCAGUCCGCGAUAGAGAUAAAACGUUACUGUCAGCUGACCAGACGACUAGAGAUUUUUUGGGGCUUAAUUUGUCGAACCCUGCUGAUAUUUGGAAAAUCCCUACAAGAAAAACGAACAGUCAAUGCGAACUCACUUUCUCUCUUUUGUUUGGAAGGUUGAAUGUUGUUUCUACGGCGUUUGAGCAGACACAAAAACCUCAAAAAAUCAAUGUAUAGUUUUGUGUCUUUCCCAGCGCAUGGAUCCCUGUCUCAAAAGAUCCAUCCCUACAUCUCGGGUCGUGUGUUCCAAACCAUUUCCCACAUUUUCGCGCAUCUCUCCUCAUUCACCUUCUCUUUAUACGGUUUUGUUGCACUACAGACUUUUGAUCGUUUGUUGUCAAUUUGCGUUCGACGCCACAUAAGCUCAUUUAAAAUACUCUUUGCCUCCGUAAAACCAAAUGUUCCACGUAUAAGGAAAAGAAACCCAGAACUCUGGUCUUUUAAGUUUCUGUUUGAGUUUUUCUCCACACAGCGAAUAUUGUUUUUUUAUUGUUAUUUAGUAAUUUUUUUAAAAAUUUAUUUAAAUGUUCUGAAGAAAUUUGCAUUUUUUUCUCAAUUUCUCAUUCACUGUGCACACUCAGAAAAAGAAAAAGAAAAGAAGAGCCAUUUCCAUUUAGACCUUCAUAAGUUCUUGUAAAAGAAGAGAAGUAAUUUGAACUUUUUUCUCUUAGAGAAUUUAUAUCAAGUGAAUCCCUUGAUGAAAUUUUUUUGUUCAAUUAAAAAAAGUUUGGAAAUGUAACCAAAAUGUGCUCUUUAGAACUUUUUUUCGCGUUCACUAAUCUCGAGGUUUCCUCAGAAUUGUUUUUCUCACUUUCCAAUCAAAAUUGAUACCUAUUGAGAAAAAUCACAAAAAUCUUUCUCUUCAUGUUUUUGAGACGUUCGUCAUCGUUAUUUAUGGACCGUACCAUUCGUACUUGCUUAUCUUUGCGAAGAUUUUCAGAAGUCCCGAGCAACCUCGGCCUCCGUGUGUCGUUUUUUUCUUUUUCGUGGCGAAAGAGAGAAAAAGAGCGCUGCGCUACGCACUCGUUGUUGUUGUUUUGAGCAGCGGAGACACGGCUGCGAGUGUUCUUUUCUCUUUUCUUUCGUUUUUGCCUUCGUCGGGACAUUUUCUGGCAGCCAGGAUGUCGUCGCCGAGUUCCGGCAAACGUCGCAUGGACACCGACGUCAUCAAGCUGUCAGUUUCAUUUCUUUUUUUUUUUCUCGAAUCGAGUUAUUUUUUUCCAAACGGAAACGGGCUUAAGUAGUCAUUUAUGAAAAACUCGAACGUAAUAAUAAAACAUAAAAUAUUUUCUAUAUACCAUUAGUACUGAUUUGACUAUUUUUGUAACUUUUCUCAUAGUGCAGUAGUAAGUCAGCUUUAUAGUUCAUUGGCGAGACAGAAUUGAAUUAGGACCUUGACAUUAUAAACGAGACAGCAAGCAGAAAGAAGAGGUUUAGACGGACUUGCAGUGUUGUCCCGAGCUAGUGGUGAAGGAAGCACACAGAAUCUCUUUCUUAUUUGUCUUCACAAAAAUUUCAGUUUCACUCUUCAAAACGCAUUUUUAAGCCACAUUAGACUGCUUUUAUUCAUUCUCGCAAAAAGUUCUCAAGAUCGACUGAAAAAAGCUCCUACGAGAAAAUAGAACAUAAACUCUGUUUUCUCUUAUUGACCAAGGGGAUAUGUUUUUAUUGAGUUUGGUUAAAAAUUAUCUCCAAUUUCAAUACUGUAACUACUGUGGACCAUACUUUUUUCUUCAGUUGUUAUAAUCUGGAGUUUCUUAUCCGUUAUUUUGGUCUGCGAGAAAGAAUAGCGGGGAAAAGAUUUCUCUCUCUCGAGAAAAUUUGCUCCGCCGACCGAGGUGACGCGGGAGAGCACUCAGCUGACCGUUAUCAUCAGAAUUGCUUACAUGAGACUCACAAACGAGCACCACUUUCCCGAAAAAUAGAUCUACGAGGUUUGGCGGAGAAUGUUUGGCUCUAACUCUUUCUUCUUACGCUUAGGAUAAUUAAUUUCUCCAAACAACAGAAGAAAGAAAAGGUUGAAGCAAUCUUCUCGAAUUGUUAUUUUCGAUUAAGAAAGGGGUCAUAGGGGGAAAAAGAUGAGAUUAGUGACUCAAAGUACUCCGCAGAUCUAGUCCGAUCACCAAGCCUUUUUUCGCCUUUGGUGUUUGUCAAAAUUCGAUUUUUUUUUUCAAUCUAUCAGAGUACAGUUUUGAAGCUGUUCUGUGUGUGAUCACUGCGAACUUUUGGCAAAUUAUUUCUAUUCAAUGAAACAACAAAAGAGGAAACCAUUUCUUUAUUGUAGCGCGGUUUCCUCGCGAAUGUCUCUUUCUCCAUGCAUUCUCUGCGAGGAAAGCAAUUCCUCAUGGAGCAGACUGCGUGGCGUCAGCUGACUUGGCGGCAAAUGUGCCUUGCGGCGGUUGUGACCGGCACGUGGGUCAGAGAAUCGCCUGACCGUCAUCGCUCUUUGCACCCGAAUAUGACCCGAAGCGAGGGCUUGCUCUGUUUUGUUUCACUCGUUUCCCUCGGCAUCUUAAGGCUCAGAAACCAAGUUUGUUUUUCUAGAUAAACAUCUUACUAGUCAAUUUCUGAGUUAGAAGUUGGUAAUUUGUCCUUUGGAGUUUGAGAUGUUUACUCUACUAAGCACUUUAAAGAAAGAAUGAAGACCAAUCGAGUAAUGUUAUUUUUCAUUACACAAAACAACGCGAAAUCGUGGAAAAUAAAGACGAGCCUGAAACGCAGAACCUGUUUGUGACGGAAAUUUUAUCCAUGCUGCGUCGAACAAUUCCAUAUUUCGCUAUUGCCUUUUCCGUUCUUUCUCUUUCUUUUCUGCUUUUUUAACGUAAAAUAACUAAGCUCUGCUGAAAUAAGGUUUGAAAUCAGUCAAAUUUAAGAUUUUGAUAAAAUAUAAUAAUCGUAUAGAUGCGCUGAGCCAAUUCGAGGUUCGAUUUACAGACAUUCUUUGACUGUUUCUUCAAGCAAAGUAUUGAGAAAGCAAACAAAUAAGGCCAACAGAAUAUUUCUGCGAUGUUUUUGUAGACCAGGAGCACAGGAAAUAUAGCCUACAGCUUUUGUUUCGUUCUUUUCAAGCCGAGGCCAACGAACGAAGCGUCGCUCCGUCUCUAGUCUUUGUGUGUCUGCCGCACUAGGGCCGUCCUCUCUCGGCUGUCUGUCUGUCUGGCCUUCUUUUGCAGUACUUUGCCAUUUCGAAUGCAAUGAACAGCUCGCGGCAAACAUCUUUGGGGACACACUUGGCCAAAGUCUUGAAAACAUAUUACGAAAAGCAAAAAAUGGUUGAAUCAAUUCUGAGAGAAACAUUUCUCUCUAUCGGAGUGAUCAAACACAUGAAGAUAAAAUCUUCGAUCUUAAUCGAAAAGUUUCAGGAUUGAAAGUCAUCACGAGGUGACCAUUACUGGCGGUCUCAACGAGUUCAGCGUCAAGUUCUACGGCCCCAAAGGAAGUGAGUCUAUAUUUCAUUGUGCUAUUUGGCCAAAACAAAAGACAAAGUUUUAUUUUUCUACAAUGAGUUUAUAGUAAUUUUUGAAGUUAGUAUACUGAUAUAUCAAAAAAAGCACUUAGCUCGAAAAAAUUGCUUUAAAAAUUAAAACAAAAAAGUUCUUCCAAAAAAACUCCUAAUUUACAAUUUUUUGAAUGACGUUGUGCGCCUUUCCGCUGCUUUUUUAGAUUUUUGGGAUCUUCUGAACAUCUAUUUCCAUUUAAUUCCCCGCUGUUUGUUUCAUUUUUGAAAGUUCUUUUUUAUUCUUAAACAAGGGGCCAUAAAAGCGGCGUUUCUUUUUAUAACUUUUCUGGGCUUUUUUCGCGUAUGCGCAUUUUUUCACUCACGUAUAAUGCUGCACUCUUUCUAUCUUGUUGAAGAAAAGUGGAGAAAAAACAAUCUUUGAAUGAUAAAAGGAACGUUUUGCAGCUUCGUACGAAGGCGGCGUCUGGCGAGUCCGCGUCGAUCUUCCUGAGAAGUACCCCUUCAAAUCGCCGUCUAUCGGUUUUAUGAACAAAAUCUACCAUCCGAACAUCGAUGAGGCCAGCGGCACGGUUUGCCUUGACGUCAUCAAUCAGGUUCGUCUCUUCUCAGAGGAUUCCUUUGCGAUGGGUAAUUAACACCUAUUAAAAUAAGAGCGAUAAAUCACGAUUGCACCUUUUCGAGUCUGUUUUAGUACCUGUGCAUAGUGUAAUUAUCUAUAAAUAGACUAGAUGAUGAUCGUGUCUUCUGUUCUAAAGUCUAACGAAUCAAAUUCCUGUAGCCUCUCAACCCGAAAACCUUGAAAAACAUUUUUAAAAGGAAGAUAGGGGUUUUGACCUACAAGUGAAAAAAAAGAAGGAAACUAUUUUUUGGCCGUCAACCUAAAAUAUUUUUUUCGAAUCAUUAUAGGGCUGUUCUAGUAUUGGUACGCUAUGCUUCCUGGAAUUUUUUUUCUAAUAAUUUCAAAUUAGAAAAGUGGCUAGGCAACGAUUACAACGUGAAACGUGUAAAAUAAACACUAACCUCUUGGUCCAAGUGCAUUAAUGGAUUGUUGCAGGUAAAAUCCAGUUUGAAACUUGAAAUUAUUACCUUUUUUACUCACAGUAUAUCAGUGAAAUACCUUAUAAUUUGAAUGAAACCUUUUUUUGCUCAUAUUAUCGAAAAUUUUGAAGGCGUGGACGGCGCUUUAUGACCUGGCGAAUAUCUUCGAGUCGUUCCUUCCGCAGCUUCUCACGUAUCCCAACGCGCAAGAUCCGCUCAACGGCGACGCCGCGUCGCUAUAUCUCCACCGGCCGGAUGACUUCAAGAAAAAGUGUCGAGGUAUCGAAAAAGAUAAGAUUUGGCUUUUCAAGCUGAGUAAAAAGGGUUGGGAAGAAAACGAGACACUGCAUUUUUUUUCAGAUUACGUUGAGCUGUAUGCUUCUGAAACUGCGCUUCAGCGAAUCUUCAAUGACACGAAAAAAGAAGCGGAAGCGGACGACGACGACGACUCGGUGAGCUCGAUGUCCGACUACAUGGACGAUGACGGCCUCGACCUCGUCGACAACAUGGAAUUAUAG